CUUGGACAGCAGCCUCUGCCAGUACGCUGCUUACUGUGGAUGGAGGAGCUCAUCUCUGCUCUUCUCAGCCCCACAGAGGGAAGAUGAUUGGGGGGGAGGGGGAGUUUAUUUUGUGGGAAACUGCGGUCUGUAACUAUAGAGAUAAAGAAGUUUUUGUUUUCCAGCCGAAGCGCCUGAAAAACAUCUGAAAAUCAAGUUUUUACCACCCUGAAGAUCCCGGACUCAUCGCUACAGCCUGCCAUGUGGAGUGGCAUUUUAUUGUCCCACUGAUUCAUGCAGGCCUUGGUUUAAUUUGGUGAAGGUGUGAUGGUGGUGGUGAUGAUGAUGAGGUGCAGUUGUUUUUAACAACCCGGAAGGGACAGUUGCAGUCUGCCGUCGGCUUAUUUUGUGUGUUUGUGCAGGAAUCCAUAUCCAUCAUCCUCUCGCUCCUCCUGAUUUGUGGCGCAGAGAUGGUCGGGGAGAGCACAGAACUGGCGCUGCAAGUUGUCGUGAAAUGGAUUUUUUUGGGUAUUGUUCAUCAGUUUUGAUGUUUCCGGGUUUGUAACUUUGUAACUGGGUCGUCGGACCUGUUUUCAGGAGGGGAAAAGGUGUGGGACGAAAAACCCACUCGACCCACAAGCCAAAAAUAAAAAAAUAAAAGAAUAGGCUCCAGCAAAGAAGAAGAGGAAACUGGUGGAUUGAUGGAUGCUGCCACUGCGAGACAACAAAGGAUGCACGCUUGUCACCUCGUGUAAUUUCACCUCCGCUGUAGGUAAAUGAGGAACUCAAAUAUAAAUCGGCUUUAACUUAGUUGUUAAUAGGAUUUAAUAUCAACCCCCUCUCAGACACCCUCGCUGCUUUUCCGCAUGCAGAGGAACAGACACCAACAUUUUGAUGAUUUAAGACACCAAGAGGACCCGUUUGAACCCUUCGGGAUGCCAAUAAACACACCGGACUUGAAAAUGUAGGCAUGACAGGAUGCUGUUGGACCCCAUCUCACUUUAAUGUUGGUGCCACAGUUCGUGGCUAUCAGCCUCCAUUGAAUCCCGAAAGAAAACGCCUCUAUCCAUGAAAAAUAAUCCUUCCCUAUUGGCUGGAUUGCGGUGCACAUGCUAUAACAACAGGAUAUGCAAAGAGCUAUGGGCUGAUCUAAUAGCCUAUCAUGUUUUCCGCAUGCUUUUUUGACCGAGAUCUGUAUUGUAUUGAAUAGGAUGUGAACUGUCUACUUGGAUCAAAUGGUUCAGAUGCCAUAAUAAUAAUAAUAAUAGCCUAAUAAUAGUAACAAUAAUAAUACUCAUAAUAAUAAUAAUAAUGCUGUAUAAUGGACCUGUCACAGUCAAGCUGAAGGCUGUUUUGUUUGUGCCUGUGUAGUGAAGCUGCUGAAGAAUGUUUAAGUAUCGGAUCCGGAUGUUUUUCAAUGAACUCAAAGUGUUGCUACUGAUGCGCUCCGGAUCAAGCAGGAGGAGUGACACAGGCACAGACCCGGACACUCAGACCAGGAUGCGAGGGCUCGCCAUAGGGGGCUGUGGUUGGCCGCCGUUGAGCUGCUCUCACCGGGACGAUGAGGAGGAAUAUUAUGGAUCUGACCCCCGGCCACGCAGCCUGGCGUGUGAGGAAAACGAAGGGGACAAACCCCAGGGAGAAGGCCUGGACGCCACUUCCCUCCCGAGUCUCUCAGAGAGCGGGAUGCGAUCACCGCAGUGCCGGAUCUGCUUCCAGGGGCCGGAGAAGGGGGAGUUGUUGAGCCCUUGUCGCUGUGAUGGCUCAGUGCGCUGUACCCACCAGUCCUGCCUUAUCCGCUGGAUCAGUGAGAGAGGCUCCUGGAGCUGUGAGCUCUGCUUCUUCAAGUACCAGGUCCUGGCCAUCAGCACUAAAAACCCACUGCAGUGGCAGGCCAUUUCUCUGACUGUGAUUGAGAAGGUGCAGAUUGCGGCCAUUAUCCUGGGCUCUUUGUUCCUCAUCGCCAGUAUCUCCUGGUUGGUGUGGUCCUCUCUUAGCCCCUCAGCCAAAUGGCAGCGGCAGGACCUUCUCUUCCAGAUAUGCUACGGCAUGUAUGGCUUCAUGGACAUAGUUUGUAUAGGCCUUAUAAUCCAUGAAGGGUCGUCUGUUUACCGGAUCUUUAAGCGUUGGCAGGCGGUGAACCAGCAGUGGAAAGUGCUGAAUUAUGAGAAAGCAAAGGACUUAGGUGACCCCAUUAGUUCCAGCAGUAAAGGUCGUGUUGAGAGGAACUCUUCUCACACUGUCACAGACGGCGGACAGAGGGCGAGUCGACAUGUCAGGACUAUUCUUAACCACCACUGUGGCUAUACUAUUUUGCACAUCCUCAGCCAGUUAAGACCCAACAACCUGCACCGUGCCAACCAGGAGGUGGUCAUGAGGGUGACCACUGUAUGAGGCAGGGGUAUACUGACAAAAAGACUCAGAUGUUUAAGGAGAUCAAAGUGUUGAUUGGGAUUUUAUUUUUAAAAAUCCUAAUCUGCCACAUUAACACUGCCGUUAACUUCUAGUCUCGCAGAUUCUCUCUGAGGUCAAAGUGGACAUCGAGAGAUGUUUCUGAGAUUCGGGCAAAGGGAAAGAAAACAUGGCAAAUAAGACUAAAUAAAUACAUUUUGAAAAACAAAAAGCUUUGAUUCUUAAAACUGUUCACCACUUUUCACCAUUUUUACCACCAUGACCAAUGUUACAAAAUGUCAUUGAACUGUAUUGCUUUCUAAAUAAAAAAUAACAUUAAUGUUAAUAGGUUAGAUAUGGAUUUGAAUCUAUAAUAGAAAGUUUAAUGGUGAAAAUGACUGUGCUCCUACUCAUGUGACCACAGCCCCAACCCCCUCUAAUUUGUUUAACGUAUUCCUGAGGGUCCCCCGCGAUUUGGUAGAUUUUCACUUGAAGCUGCUUUGAUGGAUCAGACAUUAAAAAGCCUAAUAAAACUUUGAGACAUGACACAAUUGCUUAAAAUGUACCCUUAAAGUACGAUUCAUGUUUUGUAAUAAAGAUUUUGUUGAUCUCAAAGGAAAACUUUGUGUUUUGUGGGAUCUUUGAUGGAUCUUAGUGAAUGUGGUUUGAAAACAAAUGUGAUACUCUUUAUACUGUAAAUGUGGACUGGAUUUUUCCUGUAGGGAUUACACAAAUGAAAUGAAUGAUAUUUGUAAUGUGAUAAUGUAUAAAUUUAGUACGAAAACAAAACGAAAAACAAUCCUUCCUUCUUCUUCUUCUUACAACUGACCUCAGUGGCAGAUAUUUGCUUUAUAUUUAAUUCUAUAUUAUUCAGACUUCCUCUACUCUGAUGUUAUUGUUAGGAGAUUGCACAUCAUUCCCUAUUAAUUCAGAUUCAGAUAAUAAAUAUGAAUAUUGUUGCAGUUUUUGUCUUUUUAUAAUAAAUCUAUACCCUCAGGCAA